AUGUCAAUUGACAGAGGACGUGCCGGCACAAUGGAGCGAAGACAACGUCUUCAUGAUUUGGUGGAUUUGAGAGAGGAGUUGAGAGAUCUACAGGCUAAUUUGGAGCACGAAGAACUGCGAUUCGCGGACGCCGUGAAACAACGUUCAUCUAUAAUGAACAAGAACGAUCCCCAAGAGGGUGAUUCAGAAGACGAGGACCACUUUUUGGAGAGUCUUCGGUUGACCGAGGAGAGCAUUCACCACCACCGUCAAAAAAUCAUGGAGAUUCAGGGCAAAAUAAUCGAUAAGAAGGAGAGUAUUCUGAGUCUGGAGAUUCUUGUGAAACUUGAAGAAAAUCGAUAA